GUGGGCGAGCGGAUGAGGUCCGCUGAUGUACAUAUACAGUAGAGAUAUAUCCACAGAUCGGAAUUACGAACUCUGAAUGCCAACGUUAAUUAAUUUGCAAUCUAGCGUGUGUGACUUUGUCGGUGGAAACGUCAGAAAACCAGUUCGCGUGUGUUCGCAUAUUUACACCCACUUCCCGGGGAAUUCCCCCGGCAACCUGAAGUUUCUACGAGUCGCUGAGAGAGAGAGAGAGAAGCCAUUACGAAAAGAGGAUUUCUUAAUUUCUUGAGAAACGUUUAUGUGGUUACCCACCUUGGCCGUCGCCACAGACUCUUCCCAGAGCCGAUUUGCAUAAGUAACCUGUUGAAAAACAAACACGUCGAACUUAAAAACGCAUACCCAGUUUCGUUCAGAUAAUACAUAUUAAACGCCGGAACGCAGUGCGAAAUAAACCCGUGAACAAAACACCCAGACAGUGAUUUUAUUGUUUAUUCUCCCAUCUAUACCCAGUACCUAUGACCACCUCUGGCAGUGGUCAGUGUUCUCAGUUAUCGCUAUUCGUGAAAUGCAAGUGCCACACAUCAAUCUAUAACUGGAGAGUGAGCGAGCAGGAAGACUCUGUUGAUUAACAGCAAACAACCUGAAGUUGCUGGCAUUAUUCAUAGCCUCCAUCACCUGAGAGCUGGGACCUUCAUAAUGCCAAAGAAAAUCCAACAACGCGGAGGAUCCCUCUACUGCGGAGUCACCCUGCUGGGAAUCCUCUGCCUAAUAGUAUUCCGCCUGAUCCCUGGCCUGUCCUUUGGUGUGUUUGCCAUGGCGGAGCAGGAUCACUACCACACCAUAGACGACCCCAAUGUGCCAUGUAAUUUCUACGACACCGUCAAUCUCACCGGCCACACGGCCUACCAGAACGGAAGCUACGAUUACUACGGCACGCUGAUACCCAAGCACUUGGUGGGCACGUAUGACUACAUCCAUCGAUCCCUGACGGAGCGGGUGGAGGUGCCCCUCCAUGUGCGCGGCUGUGCCUGCAAGCUGAAGGCCUGUCUCAAUAUAUGCUGCCCGUGGCGGCAGGUCUUCAACAGCGAGAAGGGCGAGUGCAUGGUCGAUCCGCAGGAUCAGCGCAUCUGGCCGGAUCCCGUUAUGCUGAACGUAACGUUUGCCAACGGCAGCAUGGAAUCGGUGGACAUCUUCAAGCAGUUCGCCAUCCAGAGCUUUCGGCCCUGCGCUAGAAUGUUCUCCCUGCAGCCGGAGAUUAACUACUUCGAUGGCUACCUCAUCUUUGAGAACGGGUCCAUGCUGCGGAUGGACGAUGACAAGUAUAUAAAGAAGAACGAGUACUGUCUGGUGCCGACCUACGUGAAUGAUACGGAUCUUUACUACACCGUGAAUCCAGCAAACUGUGACAUGCUGGACGAGCGCAAUACAGUAAAGAUAAUCAAUGCCUAUGCAAUGCUCUUCUCCAUUCCAUUCAUGAUGCUGACCAUUGCCGUGUAUCUGCUGAUCCCCGAGCUGAGGAACCAGCAUGGCAAGAGCCUGGUCUGCUACCUAGUGGGUCUCUCCGUCGGGUACUCCUCGCUGACCUUUGUGCAACUGGAAAAGAAUAUCGAUCCCAGCAGCAAUUCAUGCAAGGCCUUUGGCUAUACUUCGUACUUUUUCUUCAUGGCCGCCUACUUCUGGCUGAACAUAAUCAGCUUCGAUUUGUGGCACAACUUCCGAGGCACGCGGGGCAUCAACAGGUUCCAGGAGAAAAAGCGCUUCCUCAUCUACUCCCUUUACUCGUGGGGUCUGGCCCUGGUCUUCCUAGCCUUCACAUUUAGUGCCCAGGAAUUCACUUCCUGGCCGAGUUACCUUAAACCGGGUAUCGGGGACGGCACCUUCUGUUGGCUGGACAUGACCAACUGGUCGGCCAUGAUUUAUUUCUAUGGCCCCAUAUUGGUCAUUGUCGUGGCCAAUACGAUCAUGUUCGUGAUGACAGCCAUCAAGAUCCACAGCGUGCAGCGGGAGAUGGCUAGGAUAAUUGCCGGCGAAAACAGCACCAAGAACUUACGGACCGAGAAGGACAAAUUUGGGUUGUUCCUGCGGCUCUUCCUCAUCAUGGGCGUCACCUGGCUGUCGGAGCUGAUCUCGUUCUUUGUGGGGGCUGACAAGAACUGGUCGAAAAUCUUCUACAUCUCGGAUCUGGCCAACGCCAUGCAGGGCUUCCUCAUCUUCAUGCUGUUCGUGAUGAAGAAGAAGGUCAAGCACUUGAUUACCAACAGAUGCUCGAGUGCUCGCGAUGGCAGCAACCAGCGACAGAGCCAGUACUCCACAAAGACCACGUCGAGCAGCGUGGCCAACUUGUCGCUGCACGAGAAGCCUUCGUUGGCGGCGGAAAAGCCGCUGAUGGCCACAGAUCCUCAGAGAAGCACCACCAUCUUUCGCUGAGUAUCACGGGACCAGUUGCAGCCUUGGGUCGACGAGCAUCGAAUAAACCAUAAUGGGAAUAUGUGUCCACAGAAGGAAGGGAGAUUCAGUUGGAGAUCCCAACCUAUUCCAAGGACCAGCUCCCUCUGCGUCAGCAUCAGCCAUAUUUCGGAUAGAACUUUACGAAAAGACACUACUAUAGGAGAAAGUCCCUAUCCAUGCAUCCAACUCCCCGAGAAGCAUUCUCACAACCCUUGUCUCUCUUUCUCUCUCUCUUUGUAUAUGUCAUGUGACCGCCACGAACAACCUGAUUAGUUCUAUAAGCACCUUACCCUACGCGUCAGCGCCAUAUCUAAGUAUAUUUAUGCCUAUGAAAUUAUAACCAGCUAAGAGGGAUCAAAUCGAGUCCAAAUCUUAAAGAUAAACCACCUGCAUGUACGUACGUAACAUAGAUGUGCCUUGAAAACAUUCAGAUUUAUAUAUUUUAUACGCAUAAGCGUACCCAUUCUCCAUAUCUACUUAUAUAUAAAUACGCUAUCUAUAUUGGUAAAAUAAAAAUUACGAGAAAGUAUAAUCGUAUGUCAAGCUUAAUAAAGCCAAAGAUAAAAAUUA